UAUCUCUAAGAAUAUUUUUAUCUUUUCUUAAAUCUCUCGUUCUUGAUUGCUAAUGAAGCAUUAAUUGUAUUCUUUUAGCCGAUUUGAUUAAAUUAAAUUAAACCCUGGAAAAAGGCAUCAUUAAUUACUUGUGCAUCAAGGCAACAAGUUUAUAUAAAGGAAGAGAAUCAAAGGUUGAAGAUUUUGCUCCAAAUUUUCCUCUUUGUAAUUUCCAGAAAAUUAACCAGCAACUGUUCAUCUGUAUUGAAACAUUUUGAUCUGGAAGAUAUCUAAGCAAAACCAGAGCUCGAGGAAGAAGAAGAAGAAGAAAAUUUCUAGCUAUUCUAUAUCACAGCAAAGUUUCGGAAAUAGAAACGCGUUUUUUUGUUGUUCUAGAGAAAAACGGAAGAAAAUCGGUGACCGGAGAGGAGAAAAAUGGCGUAAAUAGAGGAAAAAAAUUGGAGUAAGAAGACUGACUAACGGUGCCACAUCUCCUGCGACAGUGAAAAGUAAGAAAUGGAAAUGUUUAAUAAAGGCUCAACGUCGCCUUAUAGACGGAGGCAUGAUCUCGAAUCUGGUAGGAGUCGUUCUAAUAGUGAAGAUGACGAUGCUCUGUCCAGUCCGUUCGAUAUUCCUAACACGAAGAACGCGUCUGUUGAACGUCUUCGUCGCUGGAGGCAAGCUGCACUUGUACUUAAUGCUUCGCGUAGAUUCCGGUACACUUUGGACUUGAAGAAGGAAGAAGAGAAGCAGCAAAUAUUGAGAAAGAUUAGGGCACAUGCGCAAGUGAUACGAGCUGCAUAUCGAUUUAGAGCUGCUGGGGAACAAGCAAAUGGAACUGUUGUAGAAUCAGAGUCAAUACCUAAGGGUGAUUUUGGAAUUGGACAAGAAAAACUAUCAGCAAUAACAAGAGAUCAUAAACUUGAUGAGCUGGAGCAAAUUGGAGGGGUAAAAGGGCUUGCUGAUAUGUUAAAAACAAAAACAGAGAAGGGGAUUUAUGGAGACGAUGCUGACCUACUUAAGCGCAAGAAUGCAUUUGGUUCAAAUACAUAUCCUCAAAAAAAAGGAAGAAGUUUCUGGAUGUUUCUUUGGGAAGCAUGGCAAGAUCUUACUUUAAUCAUAUUGAUGGUCGCUGCUGUUGCUUCUUUGGUGCUGGGUAUAAAAACAGAGGGUAUUAAGGAGGGAUGGUACGAUGGAGCUAGCAUUGCUUUUGCUGUUAUUCUCGUUAUUGUUGUGACAGCUGUCAGUGAUUAUAAACAGUCUCUUCAGUUCCAAAAUUUGAAUGAGGAGAAGAGAAACAUACAUAUGGAGGUUAUCAGAGGUGGAAAAAGAGUUGAUGUUUCCAUAUAUGAUCUUGUUGUUGGAGAUGUUGUGCCACUCAACAUUGGUGACCAGGUACCUGCUGAUGGACUUCUAAUCACUGGUCACUCACUUGCUAUUGAUGAAUCAAGCAUGACCGGAGAAAGCAAGAUUGUACACAAGAGUUCAAGGGAGCCAUUUCUAAUGUCUGGCUGUAAAGUAGCAGAUGGCAGUGGCACUAUGCUGGUAACAAGUGUUGGUAUCAACACCGAAUGGGGAUUGCUUAUGGCUAGUGUUUCUGAAGACACUGGUGAAGAAACACCUCUGCAGGUGCGCCUAAAUGGGGUUGCAACCUUCAUUGGUAUUGUGGGGCUGUCGGUAGCUUUUCUUGUCUUAGUCGUCCUUUUGGUUAGAUUCUAUACUGGUCACACCGAGAAUCCGGAUGGGACUCCUCAGUUCAAAGCUGGUAAAACCAAAAUUGGCGAUGCAAUAGAUGGAACCAUUAAAAUUCUAACUGUUGCGGUAACCAUCGUAGUAGUUGCAGUACCUGAAGGACUUCCCUUGGCUGUUACCUUAACUCUUGCCUACUCUAUGAGAAAAAUGAUGGCAGAUAAGGCCUUGGUGCGAAGGCUUUCUGCCUGUGAAACUAUGGGCUCUGCAACAACCAUUUGCAGUGAUAAGACCGGAACUUUAACCCUGAAUCAGAUGACUGUUGUCGAUGCUUAUGUUGGCGGUCAGAAAAUUGAUCCACCUGACAGCAAGUCAAAUUUGUCUCCUAAGCUAUCUUCUUUACUAAUCGAAGCUGUUGCGCAGAACACAAAUGGAAGUGUCUAUAUUCCUGAGGGUGGAGGAGAGACAGAAUUUUCUGGUUCUCCAACAGAAAAAGCUAUUCUUGUUUGGGGAGUCAAGAUGGGGAUGAAAUUUCAAGAUGUUCGAUCAGAAUCAACUAUUAUUCAUGUUUUCCCAUUCAACUCUCAGAAAAAAAGAGGUGGUCUUGCAUUGAAAUUGAAUGAUUCUGAAGUGCAUAUACACUGGAAGGGAGCUGCUGAAAUAGUUUUAGCCUCAUGUACAGCCUACAUGGAUCAAAAUGGUGAAGUGGUUCCACUGGAUGAUGAAAAGGCUUUAUUUUUCAGGAGAUCCAUUGAGGAUAUGGCUGCACGCAGUUUGCGUUGUAUUGCGAUUGCUUAUCGUUCAUAUGAGUUGGAUAAAGUCCCAGUCAAUGAACAAGAACUAACUCAAUGGCAGUUGCCUGAUGAUAAUCUUAUUUUGCUAUCCAUUAUUGGCUUGAAGGACCCUUGUCGACCUGGAGUCAAAGAAGCUGUUCAACUAUGCCAAAAUGCUGGCGUUAAGGUGCGUAUGGUCACUGGUGAUAAUCUUCAAACUGCUAGAGCAAUUGCUUUGGAAUGUGGGAUUCUGAGCUCAGAUGAAGAUGCUGUGCAUCCUACCCUUAUUGAAGGAAAAGACUUCCGGGCCUACUCUGAUGAAGAAAGGGAAAAAGUUGCUGAGAAGAUAUCAGUAAUGGGACGGUCUUCUCCAAAUGACAAGCUACUGCUUGUGCAAGCAUUGAGAAGAAGAAAACAUGUUGUUGCUGUCACUGGGGAUGGUACAAAUGAUGCACCUGCAUUGCAUGAGGCGGAUAUUGGCCUUUCAAUGGGGAUUUCAGGAACAGAAGUUGCCAAAGAAAACUCGGACAUUAUUAUCCUGGAUGAUAAUUUUGCAUCAGUUGUGAAGGUUGUACGAUGGGGUAGAUCUGUAUAUGCAAAUAUUCAGAAAUUUAUCCAGUUCCAGCUUACUGUUAAUGUUGCAGCUCUUGUUAUAAACGUUGUAGCUGCAAUUUCAUCUGGUGAUGUCCCAUUAAACGCCGUCCAGCUUCUCUGGGUUAAUCUUAUCAUGGAUACUCUUGGAGCACUGGCAUUAGCUACUGAACCACCUACUGAUCACCUAAUGCAUAGGCCUCCAGUUGGUCGCAGGGAACCUCUAAUUACAAACAUCAUGUGGAGAAACCUGCUGAUACAGGCAGCAUAUCAGGUGAGCGUGCUGCUCACCCUUAAUUUCCAAGGCAAGAGCUUAUUAGGUUUGAAGAAUGAUAACCCUGCGCAUGCAAAUGAUGUGAAGAAUACUUUGAUAUUCAAUGCAUUUGUGCUCUGUCAAAUAUUCAAUGAAUUUAACGCUCGCAAGCCAGAUGAACUUAAUGUUUUUGAGGGAAUCACAAAGAACCAUCUCUUUAUCGGGAUUGUUGCAGUGACACUUGUUCUUCAGGUGAUUAUCAUCGAGUUCAUCGGGAAAUUCACUUCAACAGUCAAGCUUAACUGGAAGCAAUGGUUGAUUUCAAUUGUUAUUGCCUUUAUCAGUUGGCCUCUUGCUCUGGUUGGAAAAUUUAUUCCUGUUCCAGAAAAACCGUUGCAUAGAUUCUUCAUGUGUUUUCGACGUCGGAACUCUCAAAGUGAAUCAGUUUAAGGUUUUAAGAAGUUGCAAUGAUCUUUAUAUAUAUAGAAGUUGCAAGAUCGCCUUUUUCCCUCGGCUGGUUUGUUAUGGGUACAUAGUUACACGCAUAUAUGGAUCUGGAGGUUUCAUUAAAGAAAAAAAAUGUUAGGUAGCAGUCUAUGAUUAGGAACUUUCUAAGCUUUUGUCUCCUCACAAAUUUUUUACGUAGUACUUCUAACCCGGAUGAGAUGGUGUCGAAAUAGAAAAUACAAAGUGACUUGCUGGUUGUACAGAUAAUUUUCAAAUUCAAUGCUCGUCUUAGACGUUUAUCUAUAUAUCUGUUAUGUCGUGUUA